AUGUGCGACGGAUGGAAACCUGCUGAAAUUCACUAUGGCACGGGGGCCAUAUCUGGAUUCUUUAGUGUAGACAAUGUCAAAGUCGGUGACUUUGUUGCGAAGGAUCAGGAAUUUAUUGAGGCCACCAGGGAGCCCGGCAUAACAUUUUUGGCUGCCAAGUUUGAUGGCAUUCUUGGUCUUGGAUUUCGUGAGAUCUCAGUUGGAGAUGCUGUCCCAGUCUGGUACAACAUGGUCGAACAAGGUCUAGUUAAGGAAGAGGUAUUUUCAUUUUGGCUUAACCGAAAUGCAGAUGAAGAAGAAGGGGGUGAAAUCGUGUUUGGUGGGGUUGAUCCAAAUCACUACAGGGGUAAGCACACAUAUGUCCCAGUGACAAAGAAAGGCUAUUGGCAGUUUGAUAUGGGUGAUGUGCUCAUUGAUGAUAAACCAACUGGUCACUGUGAUGCGGGUUGUUCUGCAAUUGCAGAUUCUGGAACUUCUUUGUUAGCUGGUCCAAUGACCGUGAUCACCAUGAUAAAUCAUGCUAUUGGAGCCACUGGAGUUGUUAGCCAGGAAUUCAAGUCAAUAGUUGAACAGUAUGGGCAAACAAUCAUGGACUUGCUAUUAUCAGAGUCACAACCGAAGAAGAUAUGCUCUCAAAUUGGAUUGUGCAGCUUCGAUGGAACUCAUGGUGUCAGUAUGGGCAUUGAGAGUGUAGUCGAUGAGAAGAAUGGAGGCAGAUCAGCUGGUCUACGUGAUGCUAUGUGCAGUGCUUGUGAAAUGACAGUUGUGUGGAUUCAAAACCAGCUUAGACAGAACCAGACCCGACAUCAAAUAUUGAACUAUGUCAAUGAGCUUUGUGAUCAACUUCCUAGCCCGAUGGGGGAAUCAGCUGUUGAUUGUGAAAACCUUUCUUCCAUGCCUAGUGUUUCCUUUACCAUUGGUGGUAAAGUUUUUGACCUCUCACCAGAUGAGUACAUACUCAAGGUGGGUGAGGGUGCUGCCGCGCAAUGCAUUAGUGGCUUUAUUGCUUUGGAUGUUCCUCCUCCUCAUGGACCUCUCUGGAUCCUGGGUGAUGUCUUCAUGGGUCGCUACCACACGGUCUUUGAUUCUGGUAAUCUGAGGGUUGGAUUUGCAGAGGCAGUGUAAAUGAACCCGCCCGUGUGGCUCCAUGUUUCUUUCUUUACAUGCUUUGGUCCGAGUACAGUUACAAACACUACGUAGUUUAGAUGGUGAUUUGUAACGAUACUGGAGUCAGCUUUGGUUAAUGCUUGUUUGUGUAAAUAUUGAAAUGCUUCCCCUCUUUUUCAAUAUAAGAGCCAAAGCAAGAGUUAGUGUUUACUCUAUAUAUGAAAGUUCGAGUGUGUUCAAAAGGUCUGGCU